AUGUACUGCUCCUCCUUGGCAAUGCCAGAACACAUGUGGCUCGGCCGGCCAGGAACACCAUCCAGUGACUGGGAGACACUACCCCAUCCACCAUACUCCCUAGACCUUGCGCCAACAUACUACCACUUUUUCCAUUCCUUGGACAACCAUUGUUGUAGGAAAUCCUUCAAGAACUGGCCAGACCUCGAAAAGGCCCUCACGGACUUCUUCGCGUCCAAGACUCCUGAGUUUUACCGUGAUAGUCUCGCACAGCUAGCCACUCUUUGGAUGCCGAUGCUUGAAAUUUAUAAUAAUGCUGCCAUAGUAAUUAGUAAUUCAACUCGAGCUGGUGGUCAUAUUCUUCAAAAUCUUCAUAUGAUUGCUUCUUGGAUAAUAUUAGGGGGUUUGCAGUACAUUCUAAAUUUGAACCCUUCUCAGCUGGGUGACAGAAGUAAAGAUCAAUCAUCAAGAGGAAAAGUAACACCAGAUCAAACUCCUUCUAAAAUGAAAGAUUCAUCUACUGCAACUAAGCCGAUAAUAUUAAAAAUCCAACAAGGAUAUGGAGUUUUAUCAGUAGCUUUAGCUACUCAUGCAAUGUCCUUAAUGGUGAAUCUUCUGGAUGAUUUGAAAGUAGAAGUUGGAUCAAGUGUUGUUGAAAGUAUUGGUAGCUCUUUAAGUGCACCUCAUGGACAUUUUGUAAUACCUGUUAUCACUGAGAGAUUUACUGCAUGGGAGCGUGUGCAGAAAUUGACAUCGAGUGUUAAUCUAACUAAUUUACUCUUUAGUCUUGCUUCUGUUAGUUAUCGAAAGGCUUGCAUGUUGAAGAGGAUUCAGAAAAACCCUGUAGAUGGAGAUAAUUAUAGUACAUCAGAUUCUAAUACUUACUAUGAAGAUGAUUUCAGCUCAUCUGAUGAUAGCAGUGUGGAGACAGAUGAUGACAGUGAACCUAUACUAGGCCAGUGGUUUGAAGAGACCUUAGCUCCUCCAGAACCACCGAACACAGCUCCACCACCAGCAACUGUAUCAAAUGAAUCAGAGGCAACUAAUGGUAAAUCUCAACAGCCACAGCAAACUGCUUCGGAAAGUAAUUCUCUGAUACCAGAUAAAGGAGAACCUAAUGGAUAUAUCAACUUAGCAUCAAAGAUAUUUACAUUCAUGAAUAACUUCUUAGUGAACUUUGAUAGCCAAUGCAUCAAAACAUUUUUGAGAUACAAUCUUGGAGAAUCUCAGAUGAUUGUUUUAGCUGGAAUUAUUAAAGAUUUAGAUAGAGAAACUUCGAGAACUGAUAGUGGUUCUAUAUGUGUUUACUUUGGACCUGUUUUAGGCCAAUUGUAUGAUGAAUUUUCCCAGUCCCUUGCAAAAUUUAUUCAUAAUAUAUUGGCAACUGGCAUGCUGUCUGAUAAUUUACAGAAUGUGCUUUUGGCUCAGUUGGGUGUCAGCCCUUGGAACCAAGAAAACUGGCCAUUGCAAGUCUUCUCCCGAACGUUAUCCGUCCUGGCACAGACUUUGCUGUUACGACAGCAAAGGGAAAAAGAUGAGCUUAGAAGUGAAAGUGAAGCAUCAUGUGUUUUGAUUUGGCAAAGAUUAUUGAAUACUCUGAAAAGAGCAAUAUUGACUCCAUCAGCGUACACAUCUGUUGAAGAAGGGGAAGAUAUUAAUGUGGAACAUGCCCAGCUGCUUUUAUUUCUGUUUCAUAAUUUACACUUGAUGCAGAAAAAAAGUGUAUUAUUAAUGAUGGCUCAGACUAUCAUGGAAAUUUCUUCAACAGUAAUGAGUCCUUUAAGAGAUCUUCAGAUCUUAUAUAUGGGAAGAAUGUUGCUGAUAUUUGAAUAUAUGAUGAGAAAUUUAUAUGAUGCUCCUUCAUCGUUAAUUGAGCAGAUUCAGAAAAAUUUGUUCAGUUUCCAAAGUAUUACUUCUUUAACUGAGAAAGACAAUACAAAAAAGCAGACAAAAUUAUUUUUUCCUUGCAAAGAUAUUGAGGAAAAUUAUGUAAAAAAUUUGCCUCCAGAAGAAAGUCAAGGAGGAGUAUCUAAACCAAAGUUCUUUAAUUUGAUGUCAGUUGAUUUUAGCAAUCAAGAAGUUCCAAAAUUAGAUGGUUUUGCCUUGAGUUUCAUUUUGAGCAGUGGAGAUAUAUUAAAAUAUCCAAGUUUUUACUACUCUGUUCAAAACCUAAUUUAUCUGGCCUCUCAAUGCGACAUGCCCGAUCGAAACACAUCUGAGCAACUUUCUUUUCUGGGUUUGUGUGCUGUUCAGUAUUCAGUGAGUAUUGCAUGGAGAUUGCUGUUGUGUUUACCGCCCUCUAUCCAGUCCCUUGAAUCUAUUUCUACCGGUACCUCCAUAUUAAAUGAUGCUGAAUGUUUACAUGCAAUCAUCUGGUCUUCUCGGUCAUCCCACAAGGUUUUUUCUGGAUGGAUGAAGGAUACAUUGGUCAAACAAGGCUUGACUACACAAAAGGCAGAGCUUCUGAUAAGAUCUGUGACAAAAAAUGCAUGUUCUAUAAAAUUUGAUAUUAAAGUUGCUAAACAGUUGAUUACAAAAUUGUUGCAGAAAACUCCUGCAUCAUCGUCUGAACCGUGCAGUAAAGAACAGUCACCAAGGUUGUUUGAUAUAUUUCUUAUAGAAUGUGCAGUUGCAAAAGUGCAAGUUGCCUUAGAUGAAUAUUUCUCAAGACCUUUAAGCGAAGGGGCCAACACUGAAGCUAAAGAAUUAGCACAAGAAAUGCUUCCAAUCAUCUUGCAAUCAAUAGAAAUUCUGUCAUCAUGCAUCAGAUGGAAUUUAUUGCAUCAGUUUGCUGAAAUGUCAGCAAAUGCAGCACAGUCUCCUCCUCCUCUUAGUUCGAAAACUUUACAAGCAUACAAUACUGUGUUACGCAUGGCAUCCAAUGGCUCAUCUAAAGUAUCAUCUUUCACUUCGGCAAUAGCUGAUUUUCUCCCUCCACUGCUGCGUAGCGUCUUGGGUCAGUGGAACUCUUACACUAUAACAACAACUGCAUGGAGAAAUGAUUUUGCUAAUGAUAUUAUACCUUCGGAAAGUUACAUAUCAUCCAUUGAACAUGCCCACAUGAAUUGUCUCUCGAGUCAAACAAGGUUUUCAACAAGUCCAAAUCUGAAAAGACUUUUGCAUACUUUAGUUCGUUUUGCUGGUGAUUUGAUUAUAUGGUGCCCUGAAAAUAACAGUUCAAAAGAAAUGAUUCGUGUUAUGCUUCCAUUGUUGCUAGAUGCUACCACAGAAUCACUUGGAGAUUAUACGACAUUAGCAUUGGAGAGGCUUAUUGGUGCUCCAGAAGGUGAUGAAUAUCUGUCAUUUAAUUAUUUUGAAGUACUCACUCAGAGUUAUGAUUUGCUUAUAAAUCAUUCAAAUAAAGAAAGCGAUGUUGAUGAACGUAUACUUCACGAAUGCCUAAAAUUCAUGGAAGGCUUGUUAGAUAAAAGUGCUGGGAAAAAAGCUAUGGAAACAUUUUUUGCUGAUGAUAGUGAUAAUGAUAUGGUUAACAUAUUAUUAUCAGCAGCCAACAGUAACUUGAGUCCUGUGUAUGGAACAAGAGUUUUAAAAUUUUUUAGCAAAUUAUUUCAACAGAAAGAAAAAAAUCCUGGAGAUAAAACAUUGGAGAAGUUGUGUGCAUCUUUGUGCAAAAUGAGUAAACUGGGUAAAGUUGAUUCAGCAACGCUUCAGCAGUGGUUAAGCAAAGUGAUAUUUGGUGGUCCUGCUCAACCUGUGGAAGAAGGAAAUAGCGUUCAAGAAAACAGACUACUUUUGCAGAGCUUAACUUCUUAUAUUGUGAAGCAGAAUAGUGCUGUAGCUGAAAAAGUGGCUAAUACAUUUUUAUCCGCUAUGAUCCCAAUGGGUUUACAAAUUUUAUCACCAGCUUCAGAAGGCAUUGGUUUUUCUGAAUUAAUGGUUGUUAUGGCCAUUCUUUCUGGAGCUGGAUCUGGAGCAGGUCAUUUUCAACUUUUUAAAGCAACGCCAGCAUGGCUUGAACUAUGUAAAAAGUACCUUGCCCAGAGGAUGUUUUAGAAAAGUUAGAGCAGAAUAUUUCUGGUGGCAAG